CUGAAAUCUUUUCCCUCUUGCAAGUUGGCGGAGUGAAAUAAGCGAAACCAGACUUCCAGAGGAAGCCGUGGAUGUCCUGAGGGUCGGCCACAGGAUUCCUCUCCUGCCCUGGAGAUUUGGUAACCCGUGGAGGAGAGGCCGCUUGUGUGGGUGGGGAGAGACCAAAUGACAGUCCUGAGCGGUUUUGGAGAGAUGUUGUCGCCUGUGAUCCGAGAGCCAGAAGUGACACGGACUGCACGGAAGCAGAGUGCACAAAAAAGACUUUUGAUUCGAAGUUCCCAUGAUGAAAAUCUUGCCAAUAGUACACCAAGAAACCAGAUGAUUCCUCGAACUCCUAGCUUAUUUCGACAGCCUUUCACUCCACCAAACCGAAGCUUACCAAAACAUCCAGAUAUUUCCUGCAUUUUGGGAACAGAAGGGCGGUCUCCUCAGCUUACACAGUCUUCAGGGUUUUUGGGAAAUCUGUCCAUGGUAACGAAUCUGGAUGACAGUAACUGGGCAGCUGGAUUCGCAGCGCGGCAUUUAGGGCUCUUCACGAAAACAGAGCCCAACAAUGUCACAGAGGAGAUCAGUGCGGUUAUGUUACGUGAAGAUGAUCCUGGAGAAGCUGGGCUAGCCUUGAGCUCACUGAGUGGCACAGGCUGUCCUCAAACUUGCAGUGAUCCUCCUGCCUCAGCCUCCCGAGUGCUGGGAAUUACAGCAUCCUCAAGCAUGUUUCCUGAUUUCUUGCAAUCUUUUUUGAAGCAUUCUUUAUCUACAGUUUUUGACCUCGUGGAAGAAUAUGAAAAUAUUUGUAGCAGUCAGGUGAGUAUACUGAGUAAGAUGGUGAGCAGAGCAACGCCUGGACUACAGAAGUUUUCCAAAACAGCUGGUAUGCUCUGGCUUCUUCAGCAGGAGAUGGUCACCUGGAGGCUACUGGUUUCUUUGUACAGAGACAGGAUACAGUCUUCGUUACAAAAUGGAAAUAUACUCACAACUCCUGCUGCUAAUGCUAGUGAAAAAACGUUUGUGGAAGCCCUGUUUCAGAGAGAGUCACUUGUCCGACAGUGUCAGAUGGUGGUAGAUUGGUUGGAGAGUAUUGCCAAAGAAGAAAUUGGGGAUUUUUCUGAUAAUAUUGAAUUUUAUGCAAAAUCAGUAUAUUGGGAAAAUACCCUCCACAGUUUAAAACAACGGCAGCUAGCUUCUUCCAUAGGAAGUGCCCGUCCUCUUGUCACUGAAUUGGAUCCUGAUGCUCCCAUAAGACAGAAAAUGCCCCUUGAUGAUCUGGAUAGAGAAGAUGAAAUUCGAUUACUUAAAUAUCUCUUCACUCUAAUCCGUGCUGGAAUGACAGAUGAGGCACAGCGUCUCUGUAAACGUUGUGGUCAGGCAUGGAGAGCUGCAACACUGGAAGGCUGGAAACUAUACCAUGACCCUAAUAUUAAUGGAGAAAUAGGAGCAGAAUUAGAACCUGUUGAAGGGAAUCCAUAUCGACGCAUUUGGAAAAUUAGUUGCUGGAGAAUGGCAGAAGAUGAACAUUUUAAUAAAUAUGAGAGAGCAAUUUAUGCAGCUUUAAGUGGGAAUCUCAAACAGCUUCUUCCUGUCUGUGACACCUGGGAAGACACUGUAUGGGCCUACUUCCGAGUGAUGGUGGACAGUCUGGUGGAGCAGGAGAUCCGGCUGUCAGUGAUGCCCCAGAAUGAAACUGAAGAACUCCCGAGAGAGUAUUUAGAAGCAAAUUGGACCUUAGAAAAGGUUUUUGAAGAACUUCAAGCUACUGAUAAAAAGAGAGUUCUGGAAGAGAAUCAAGAACAUUACCAUAUUGUUCAAAAAUUCCUUAUCCUGGGAAACAUUGAUGGUUUGAUGGAUGAGUUCAGCAGAUGGCUUUCUAAAAGCAGAAGCAAACUCCCUGGUCAUCUUCUCCGCUUCAUGACUCAUCUCAUUUUGUUUUUCCGCACUCUGGGAUUACAGACCAAAGAAGAAGUUUCAGUUGAAGUUUUAAAGACAUACAUACAGCUUUUAAUAGAUGAGGGGAAUACACAUCUCAUAGCAUUUUACUGCUGUCAUCUGCCUCAAGACCUUGCUGUUGCUCAGUAUGCCUUAUUUUUGGAAAGUGUCACAGAAUUUGAACAUCGCCAUAUUUCUCUGGAGCUGGCUCGGGAAGCAGAUUUGGACGUUGCAACAAUAACAAAAACAGUAGUUGAGAAUAUUCGAAAGAAAAAUAAUGGUGAAUUUAGUCCUCAUGACUUGAGCCCAGACCAGGACAGCGACACUACUCAGGAGGACCGUGUGAAAAUCGAUGUCAUUGACUGGUUGUUAUUUGACCCAGCACAGAGGUCAGAAGCACUGAAACAAGGCAAUGCAAUAAUGAGGAAAUUCCUAGCAUUAAAAAAACAUGAAGCUGCAAAAGAAGUAUUUGUGAAAAUUCCUCGGGAUUCUAUAGCAGAAAUCUAUAAUCUGUGGGAGGAAAGGGGAACCCACAAUUCACUUCCUGCCGAAAUUGAUAAUGCUGUCAGAGAACAUUUGUGCAUUAGAGCUUAUUUGGAAGCCCAUGAAACCUUUACUGAGUGGUUUAACCAUAUGAAUGCAGCUCCACAAAAACCUACUUUGAUGUCCCAGCCAAGUUUUACUGAACAAGUAGCUUAUGAACAUAAAGAAAAGAAAUAUGAAAUGGACUAUGAUAUUUGGAAGGGACAUUUGGAUGCCCUAACAGCUGAUGUCAAGGAGAAAAUGUACAAUGUCUUGUUGUUUGUUGAUGGAGGGUGGAUGGUAGAUGUCCGAGAGGAUCCAGAGGAAGACCAUGAAAGGACACAUCAGAUGGUCUUACUGAGGAAGCUUUGUCUGCCAAGACUGUGUUUUCUGCUUCACACCAUACUGCACACCACGGGUCAGUACCAGGAGUGCCUGCAGUUGGCAGACAUGGUGUCCUCCGAGCGCCACAAACUCUACCUGGUAUUUUCUAAGCAAGAACUAAAGAAAUUGCUGCAGAAGUUAAGGGAAUCCUCUCUCAUGCUUCUGGACCAAGGACUUGACCCAUUAGGGUAUGAAAUUCAGUCAUAAUUCAUCCACCAUUUGUAUUCUCAUUAAUUCCUAUGAUAAAUGGAGGUGGUUUGUUUUUUUUAAUAAAAUAUACAUAUUUGUAAUUAC